GAAAUCACAUGGAGGUGCUCCUGUGCUCACAUGACUGUGUGAGCCAUGGCAGGAGAGCUCAACGAAGGAUCAGUUCCUGCAUAUUACAGGGACGUGUACGAGGCCAUUCGAUGCAGGACAGAGGAAAAAGUGCAGGUUGAAGUUUUUCAGAGGCUCCUUCAAAUGUCUGAUAUCUCCAAGCUGACUUCUAACCAGAUUGCUGAGCAUGUUGACUCCACAGACGGAUUCCUGAGUAAGCUAUCCUUCUAUAAAGCACUUGCUUUAAUUGCUUUUGCUCAACAAGGGAAACAACCAACCCUCAAACUCUUGGAGAACUGCAUACAGGAGUUGCCAAAACCUCAGCUCGGGGAGCCGAGGGAGCUGAACGCUCUGAGGAUGCAGCCCGCUCAGGACGACGUGCUGACCAUUUCAGAGACGCUGGACAAACUUCUGGACAGAGACACCGUCCAGGUGGAGCUCAUCCCUGAGAAGAAGGGCCUUUUCCUCAAACAUGUUGAGUACCAGCUCACCAGCCAGCGCUACAAAAUAUCAGUUUACAGACGUUACAGUGAUUUUGACAUCCUCCAUGAAGUUAUGCUGCAGAGAUUUGCCUACAGAGUGGUUCCUGCAUUGCCACCUAAGAGGAUGUUGAAAGCUGUCCUGACUUCCAUCUCUGAGCGUGAGUUCAUUGAGGGGAGGCGACGAGCUCUCAGCAGAUUUAUUAACUUGGUGGCUCGACAUCCCCUCUUCUCUGAGGACGAGCUGGUGAAGACCUUCCUCACCUUCAGCGGCUCUGAUGUUCAGACUAAGCUGCGUGACACUUGCAAGAAACUGGGCGACGAGUUCAUGACCAACAGGACUGCAACCCUAGCCAAGGAAUAUCUCCCAGCAGACAUGCAGGCUCAGUUUGCAACAAGCAGAGAGAUGAUUAGAAACAUCCACAGCAGCUUCCAAAAGCUGCGGGACAGAGCUGAGAAAAUGGCUGAGCGCUCUAAGGAGAAUGCUACUGAUCUCCUCAUGUUUGGUCGGGAGCUCAGUACUCUGGGUUCAGAUGCUUCACCUCUUCCCUCUUUGGCGUCAUCACUGAGCACCUGGGGGACUCUGCGUCAGUCUCUGAAGAGCCUGUCCGUGGAGUUUGCCGUUUUGUCUGACAAAGCCUCUCAGCAGGGCAGACGGGAGGAAGAUGAUGUUGUGGAGAAACUCAACCUCUUCCUAGAUUUGCUGCAGUCUUACAGCGAUCUCUGUGAGCGUCAUGAAAGGGGCGUUCUCCACGAGCACCAGAAGGCUCUGCACAAAUACAGCAUACUGAAGAGGCAGAUGAUGAGUGCCACGGUGCAGUCCAAAGAGCAGGUGUCUGUGGAGCAGCUGGAGUCACGAAUCGUUCAGCAAGAAAGUGCCAUUCAGACCAUGGAGCUACGCAACUACUUCUCCUUGUUCUGCCUUCAUCAAGAGACUCAGCUCCUCUUCACCUACCUGCCAAUCACCUCCCACAUCCUGGGGGCUUUUGUUAACUCCCAGGUGCAGGGCCACAGAGAGAUGGGAGAGGUGUGGAAUGAACUUCAGCUGAAGCUUGGGUGUCUCUUUGGUGGUAAAAACGGAUUGAAGCUUCCCAUUUGAAACCUAAAUGCUCAUGUGAUGAAGACGAAAUGCAGCCGCAGAAGAGGAGCACAAGUGGGAAAAUAAAAAAGCUCCAUGAGCUUAAGACCAAAACAUAUAAUUGCACUCUGCACACUUGAACCUGGAAGAUCCUGCUUUAAAAUGUUUGGCUCCAACAGCAGUCAUACUGUCUGCAAGACUGGGUUCAUACUCGGAGAUGUACCGUCUAUUUCAGAGUCCACUUUCAGAAAUGUCAGCAGAGAAAAAUGUUUUGUUUUUUUUUUUGUUACAAGAAGGGUGACGAUAUAUUUCUACGUUGCACCACGGUGGCAGAAGCACCCAUCAAAGUUUAACACACUAACUGACUCAUCAAGAGGAACACAGAAAGUUGAGUCUUUCAGGAUGGGAUUAGCUUUUAAUCUCUGCAGCUCUUUUGGCUGAAUUUAACCAACAUAGUUUAGCUUUAGAAGAUCAUGCAGCAGCAGUUUGCAUAUUUUUGAUAAUGUUCUGCAUUUUUCAGUUGUUUUUCUUAGUGGCUUGAAAUUUUGCAUCCGUCUGGAAUAUUUUUGAAAGUGUGAUUUAAAACACGUACACGUUUUUAUACAACUGCUGAAGUUAAUAAACCUAACAGAUAAAAACAUACCCGGACAUUCGUUAUCAGCUCAAGUUUGUAAACCUCUUGAAUUGUAGAAUGGUAAUUAGCUGGAAGGUUUUUAAUGUAGAGCCGUAUGUAAAAGUCCACAUCCUGGACAACUUUUCUAGUAGCAGAUGCUGAAGUCGGAGGAUCAGCAUGAUUGGACUCGAGUUGCUGCUCUUCAACAUGUUCACCCAGACGAGCCAGAGUGCUGCUCUGAAUUAGAAACAUUUAGGUUGAAACUCAAAUUGGAAGGGAAAACACUGCACCCAAGCUUCAGAAACCUAAUCCCAGUUGAGAUGCAUGGAGGUGGAAGUUUCAUGAUGUGGGUCAGUUUCGCUUCAUUUUGAUUAACAAAAAAAUAUAUAUAUAUAGAAGAAAAUCUACUGACUUUUCCAUAGUAUUUAAUUUCUGUUUAACAUGUUUAGAUCUGGACAAUGAUCUGAUCAUUUAGCCCAAUUUUUAAAGGCUUCACACCAUAUUUUUAAUAAUUUAAGCUUUUCAAAAGGCCUGAAUUUGGUGUGACUCUAGAAUGGGAAGAUAGUGAGACUGACUAAAUCAUUCUCACUCACUGAAUAUUUCAAUAGCAAGAAAUGUUCAUUAAUUACCAAGGAUAUACAUUUAUCUGAAUGUACAGUGAGUCAUAGGAUUUACACUGAAAAAUAAUUUCUAAAUGACCUAAUCAUCACUUUUAUGUUGUGUAGGACAAAAAUACUUCAUGUUACUGUCCUGCUGAAAAAGGAAAAAGCACUCCAACUGCGGUGCACCAGGAUGACCUGUCUGUUCAGCUGUUUUUCAGUAAAAAGAACAUUUUUCAUUUAUGUGCAUUUGUACACAAACAUUUUAUACAUUUUGAUAGAAACAAGCUGAGGGAACAGUUUAAGACCAGUUUUAAAGAGGCUCUCAUUUACAAGCUGAUUUCAUCUAAAAUACUCUGAAAUUAUAUUCUAAAAAGAAAAACUAUACACACACUUUGAAGUUUUAUUUUUAUGGAGAAAUGGAUCCUGCACAUAUACAGAAUGAAAUGUGUUCUGAUGAACAAAAGCUUGUAAACCUGUUGAUAUUGUAAAUAUUCAGAUGAAUCUUUUGUUGUACUGUGUUGAAUCAGAUAAUAAAACGAACAAAGCUGA